UAGUUUUAUAACGUGCCUUUUUUCUUCUUUUGUGCAGUGUGUGUAGAAUGGCCCAGUUGAUCGAUGGUAAGCAGAUAGCUAGCGAUAUACGAGAAGAGUUGCGAAAUAAAAUUGAAGCAUGGAAGGCACAAGGGAACCGCGCUCCGCAGCUCACUGCGAUACUAAUUGGCGAAGAUGCUGCGAGCGCUACAUAUGUUAACAAUAAAAUGAAGGCUGCAGCAGAUGUUGGUAUUGAAAGUAAAACCGAACGGUACAAUACAGAUAUUACGGAGCAAGAACUACUUGACCGAAUCGACCAAUUAAACCGCGAUGACGCUGUGGAUGGAAUAUUAAUACAAUUGCCUAUUCCACGUCACAUUGACGAGAGGAAGAUAUGCAAUUCGGUAUCGUGUGACAAAGAUGUGGACGGCUUCAAUGAACGUAACAUCGGGCGACUGUGCUUGGAUAUGAAUACAUUAAUUCCGUGCACACCACUCGGUGUACAGGAGCUCAUUAAACGAGCUGGAAUUGAAACUUUCGGUAAAAAUGCCGUAGUCGUAGGCAGAUCGAAAAAUGUGGGAAUGCCUAUAGCUAUGCUGUUGCACGCAGACGGACGAAACGACACAUGUGCCAUGGAUGCUACAGUAACCAUAUGCCACCGGUUUACUCCACCAGAAGAGUUGAAAAGAUUUUGCCGCAUCGCGGACAUAAUAGUCACCGCUACCGGUGUACCGAAACUCAUAACAGCCGAUAUGGUAAAGGAAGGAGCCACCGUAAUAGAUGUCGGUAUAACUAGAGUGGUGGAUCCUUCGACAGGAAAAUCUAAAUUAGUGGGAGAUGUUGAUUUUGAUGAAGUGCGAAAAGUUGCAGGUCACAUCACUCCGGUUCCUGGAGGCGUUGGUCCGAUGACUGUGGCAAUGCUGAUGAAAAAUACAAUGAUUGCCGCUAAAAACUUGGCCAAAAAGAGAAGCACACGCUAAAAAGAAACACUUGUAUUACGAAGUAUUGCAUUUUUUUU